UUUAUUUGUCUAAUUUGAAAGAAAAAUGGAAUUUGCAGUUGUCGUUCGCUUUCCCUUUUGUUCAUUCCUCACUCGUCAUUGAUAUCGAUCUUCUUCUGCUUCAGCUGCCUCUCGAGGCACGCCCCUCGACGCCUCUUUGCAGCUUGCGGCAAGUCUGCAAUUGAUGUACUUUCCAUUGGCUGCAGCAUUGAUUGAUGGGCACAUCGUCUGGGUCUAAUCAUCCUCACCAGAUGUUACCUCCACGUCAGCAACUCCGAACUGGAGGGCUGCAAGCAGCGCUCUCACUUGUAUCUUCGGAUCCCCGCUUGUCACACGAAGGCCAUGAGCCACGAUCUAAUUCUGAUGUUGUGCGCGAGUCCCCGGCCGAGAGUGCCAGCUCUCAGGAAACUUGGCCAACUGCAGGUGCUUUAAUGGUGAAGAAGACAGCUAACGAAAAGACAGAGCCUGAUUCUCAUGAACAACCCGUGAGUCGUCAUAUUUCCAGUGCAGAUAAGGUUUCAAUUAGGGACAUAGCUAGGGAGAGAGUUGACAUAAUCUCUGAGAAAAUGCAUCGACUACCUGACAAGUUUCUUGAGGAGUUAAAGAAUGGUCUUAAAGCUAUCCUCGAGGGGAAUGGAGGGCUGCAGAUAGAUGAAUUUAUGUUUCUGCAGAAGUUUGUCCAGAGCAGAUCUGAUCUGACUCCUAAGACGCUUAUUAGGGCCCAUCGGGUGCAGCUUGAAAUCCUCGUUGCAAUAAAUACUGGAAUCCAGGCUUUCUUGCACCCAAAUAUCAGCCUGCCCCAAACAUCUCUUAUUGACAUCUUUGUAUACAAGAGAUGCAGGAACAUAGCAUGCCAAAAUCAGCUCCCAGCAGAUGAUUGCACCUGUGAGAUAUGUACCAACAGGAAAGGUUUCUGUAACCUUUGCAUGUGUGUGAUCUGUAACAAGUUUGAUUUUGCUGUCAACACCUGCCGUUGGAUUGGCUGCGACUUGUGUUCCCACUGGACUCAUACGGAUUGCGCUAUCCGAGAUGGACAAAUUUCCAUGGGAUUUUCUGCUAAAACUACAUCAGGGCCUGGUGAGAUGCUGUUUAAGUGUCGAGCAUGUGAUCGUACGUCUGAGCUUCUGGGUUGGGUCAAAGAUGUAUUUCAGCACUGUUCUCCAAACUGGGACCGGGAAUCUCUGAUGAAGGAACUUGAUUUUGUGAGUAGGAUUUUCCGUGGAUGCGAAGAUCCAAGAGAAAGGAAAUUAUUCUGGAAAUGUGAGGAACUCAUUGACAAGAUAAAGGGUGGAAUGGCGGAAGCAACAGCCACCAAAUUGAUAUUGAUGUUUUUCCAAGAAAUUGAAUUGGACACUCCGAAGAGCAUUGAAAAUGAAGGGGGUGAACGAGUGAUUGCGCCUCAAGAUGCUUGUAAUCGAAUUGCGGAAGUUGUACAGGAGACACUGAGGAAGAUGGAAAUGGUGGCGGAGGAAAACGUGCGACUGUUCAAGAAGGCGCGUUCGACUCUGGAGACUUGCGACAGAGAGCUUGAAGAGAAGGCUAAGGAAGUGGCGGAAUUGAAAGUAGAGAAACAGAAGAAAAAACUGCAGAUAGAAGAGCUUGAGAGGAUAGUGAGACUAAAGCAAGCAGAGGCAGACAUGUUCCAGCUUAAAGCUAACGAGGCAAAGCGCGAAGCCGAGAGGCUGCAGAGGAUCGUUCUAGCAAAGAUGGAUAAAUCCGAGGAAGAAUACGUCAGUAACUAUCUCAAACUUAGGUUGAGCGAGGCUGAGGCAGAGAAGCAAUAUCUCUUCGAGAAGAUUAAACUGCAGGAAAGUUCUCGGGCAUCUCACACCAGCGGUGAGGCUGACCCGUCACAGGUAUUGAUGUACUCCAAAAUCCGUGAUCUUCUUCAAGGGUACAAUCUCUCUCCGAAGGUAGAUCCUCAAUCAAACCAGCGCCACCUUUUCUGAUCAAAUCCGUGAAGCUCCACCACAGUAUGUUGUGCAUUUUCAAGAAGUUCUCCCUCUCUCAAUAUAUAGCUAUGUAGGAUCCUGCCUUACUUUAAUGUCGGAUAUCUGGCAAAUCCUGUAUCUACUAUGUCCUGUGUUUUUCAUUCUAUUAAGUUAAUCGAUGUAGCGUCUUAGUUAUGCAUGUAUCACUAAGAUCUGUUGGCUUCUUUGCAACUUUACGUGCUUUGCUUGUCACCCACAAACUGCAGAUUCCGUUCUAAUGCAACUGUUUCAUUGUCCA